CUCUCUCCUCCAACAAAAAAUUAAUUUUACAUACCAUCACACCAAACAACUGCUCCCUUAAUUAUUUUUUCAUCUCUUCAACUCAAAACUCCCACAUCAUCAUUUGUUUGCUAUUUCCUCUAUUUCAAUCUUACAAAAACACAUCCAAAAUCACAGAAAUGGAGGCUAAUCAGCAAUACCAAAACGGAUCAUCAGAAAUGGACCUUUGCAUUGGAGGAAAGCCUAUUCAGGCUGACCCAUUGAACUGGGGAAAGGCGGCCGAAGCGAUCACCGGUAGCCACCUUGAUGAAGUGAAGAAGAUGGUUGCGGAGUAUCGAAACCCGGCUAUUCGUCUAGGAGGAGAAACACUUACAGUGGCUCAAGUAGCGGCCGUAGCAGCCGCCACUGGACCUCAUGAGGCAGCCGUGGAGCUAGCUGAAUCUGCUAGAGCCGGAGUUAAGGCUAGUAGUGAUUGGGUGAUGGAUAGCAUGAAUAAAGGAACUGAUAGCUAUGGUGUUACUACUGGUUUUGGUGCUACUUCUCAUCGUAGAACUAAACAAGGUGGUGCCCUUCAAAAGGAGCUUAUUAGAUUUUUGAAUGCUGGAGUAUUCGGCAAUGGAACAGAAUCAAGCCACACACUGCCUCACACAGCAACAAGGGCAGCUAUGCUUGUGAGAAUCAACACUCUUCUUCAAGGUUACUCCGGUAUCCGUUUCGAGAUUUUGGAAGCAAUCACUGGACUCCUCAACAACAACAUCACUCCUUGUCUUCCCCUUCGUGGAACUAUCACUGCCUCAGGGGACCUUGUACCACUGUCUUACAUUGCAGGUCUACUAACAGGCAGGCCUAACUCCAAGGCCGUAGGCCCUAAUGGUGAGGUCCUUAACGCGGAACAGGCCUUCAAGGCUGCUCAAAUCAGCUCCGGCUUUUUCGAGCUUCAGCCUAAGGAAGGUCUCGCAUUGGUAAAUGGUACUGCAGUAGGUUCAGGGAUGGCAUCCAUUGUCUUGUUUGAAACCAACAUUCUCGCGGUGCUGGCAGAGGUUAUCUCAGCUGUCUUUGCUGAAGUGAUGAAUGGAAAGCCUGAGUUCACAGAUCACUUGACCCACAAAUUGAAGCAUCACCCAGGACAGAUUGAGGCUGCAGCCAUUAUGGAACACAUAUUAGAUGGUAGCUCAUACAUGAAAGCUGCUAAGGCACUACACGAGUUGGACCCAUUGCAGAAGCCAAAACAGGAUAGAUAUGCUUUGAGGACAUCACCUCAAUGGCUAGGCCCUCAAAUUGAGGUCAUCCGUUUUGCCACAAAGUCCAUUGAGCGCGAGAUCAACUCUGUUAAUGACAACCCACUUAUUGAUGUAUCACGUAACAAGGCCCUGCACGGUGGAAAUUUCCAGGGUACCCCUAUUGGUGUUUCCAUGGACAACGCAAGGUUGGCUAUCGCGGCCAUUGGAAAGUUGUUGUUUGCUCAGUUCUCUGAGCUAGUCAAUGACUAUUACAACAAUGGCCUUCCAUCAAACCUUACAGCAAGCAGGGACCCCAGCUUGGACUAUGGGUUCAAGGGCGCGGAAAUUGCAAUGGCUUCUUACUGUUCCGAGCUUCAGUUUUUGGGUAACCCAGUUACAAACCAUGUCCAAAGCGCAGAGCAGCAUAACCAGGAUGUGAACUCCUUGGGUUUGAUCUCAGCCCGUAAGACAGCUGAGGCAGUGGAUAUCCUGAAACUGAUGUCAUCCACUUUCUUAGUGGCACUAUGCCAAGCUAUUGAUCUGAGGCAUUUGGAGGAGAAUGUGAAACAUGCAGUGAAAAACACUGUCAGUCAGGUGUGCAGAAGGGUCCUGAUCACUGGUUCCAAUGGCGAGCUCCACCCAGGAAGAUUCUGUGAGAAAGAGCUUAUCAGAGUUGUAGAAAGAGAAUAUGUGUUUGCUUAUGCUGAUGAUCCUUGCAGUGUCACUUACCCUCUGAUGCAGAAACUCAGACAAGUGCUUGUUGAUCAGGCCUUGGCUAAUGGUGAUAGUGAGAAGAAUGUGAGCACUUCGAUUUUCCAGAAGAUCGGAGCCUUCGAGGAGGAGCUCAAGGCACGCCUGCCUAAGGAAGUAGAGGCUGCACGCGCUGCCUACGAGAGUGGUAACUCCGUUAUCCCAAACAGGAUUAAGGAGUGCAGGUCUUACCCUGUGUACAAGUUUAUUAGGGAGGAGCUGAACACCAACUUGCUUACUGGAGAGAAAGUGAUAUCUCCAGGAGAGGAAAUUGACAAAGUGUUCACUGCAAUAUGCCAGGGAAAGAUUAUUGAUCCUCUUCUCGAUUGUCUUAAGGAGUGGAAUGGUGCUCCUCUGCCUAUCUGUUAAUAUAAGCUCAAAUGAGAUAUACUACCACGUUAAUUAUCAUGUACUAUUUGUUUUGUUUUGUUAUAACCUAAUGUUCAAAGAUUUAUUUUGUAUUGUCAUGGCUUUUAGAGUAAAGAACAACUUUUGUUUUUUUUUUUACUCCUUUUGUAAUGUUAAAAUGUAAUAAUUAUAUGUUAAUUACUUGUUAUUGAACCUGCAAAGUUACCAAGAAAUAAAAUGGCAACUCUUUAUUCUUUUCAA